CCCCAGCCGGACCCCGCACAAGCUCGAACAAAUCAGGUUCGAGCAGUUGGCUAAUAAGCUCACCAGCUCUUCCUUCUGACCUCCAUCUCCCCCGUCCCUCUUUGCUCACUCACAAUGGCAUCCUCGAAGCAGAUCUCCCGCGAGGAACUCGCGAAGCAUAAUAAGGAGGGCGACCUGUGGGUCGCAAUCGACUCCAAGGUCUAUGACCUCUCUCGCUUUGCUGCGAUGCACCCUGGCGGUCUGUCCGUACUAACAGACGAGGACGUCGCCGGCAAAGAUGCGACGGAAGCCUUCUACAGCCUCCACCGACAGGAGGUCCUCCAGCGCCCGCAAUAUGCGCGUCUCCAGAUUGGUGUCCUAGAGGGGCAGACCGCGAAGAUCGCGUUCCGCGAGCCAGGUGCCGUCAGCAAGGUUCCCUACGCCGAGCCAACAUGGCUGUCCUCCGGCUAUCACACCCCGUACUACAAGGACUACCACCGGACCUUCCAGACUGCCUUCCGCAAGUUCAUCGAAGAAGUUGUUCUUCCCGACGCACAGAAGCAUGAGGAGGACGGAAAGCGUCCCUCCCAACAUGUCUUUGACGAGAUGGCGCGGCUGAACCUCAUUGCUCUUCGCAUGGGGCCCGGAAAGCAUCUGGAGGGGAAGGAGAUCAUGGAUGGACUGGUGAAGCCCGAGGAGUUUGAUCACUUCCACGAACUGAUUAUGGCCCAAGAGUCCGCUCGCAUACAUGCUCGUGGCUACUACGACGGGCUGGGCGGCGGGACUUACAUCGGCCUCCCUCCGGUCGUGAACUUUGGCAAGCCUCACGUUCGGGAGAAGGUCGUGAACGAGAUCAUCACGGGAAAGAAGUUCAUCUGUCUCGCGAUCACUGAGGCCUUCGCGGGCUCAGACGUCGCUGGUUUGCGGGGCCGCGCCAAGAAGGUCGAGGGUGGUUGGCGUGUUACUGGAACGAAGAAAUGGAUCACCAACGCGACGUUUAGCGAUUACUUCACCACUGGCUGCCGUACCGACCAGGGCGGGCUUGUCGUGUUGCUCAUCGAGCGUGGCGAAGGUGUCGAGACGAAGCCCAUCAAGACGUCGUACUCGACUGCUGCGGGUACGGGGUACAUCACCUUUGACAACGUCUUCGUGCCGGACGACUACAUUCUCGGCGAGGAGAACAAGGGUCUGCAGGUCAUUCUGUCGAACUUCAACCAUGAGCGAUGGGGCAUGACGGGCGGCAGCAUCGGCGCGCAGCGCGCCAUCGUCGAGGAGUGCCUCAAGUGGACCACGCAGCGCAAGGUCUUCGGCAAGCCGCUCAUCUCGCAGCCCGUCGUGCGCGCGAAGAUCGCGGCGAUGAUCGCGCGCGUCGAGAGCGCGCAGAACUGGCUCGAGAACAUCACGUACCAGAUGAACAACAUGAGCUACCGCGAGCAGGCGGACAAGCUCGCGGGCCAGAUCGCGUUCUGCAAGAUGUACGCGACGCGGACGGCGCAGGAGACCGCGACGGACGCGGUGCAGAUCUUCGGCGGGCGCGGGAUCACGAAGAGCGGGAUGGGCAAGUUUAUUGAGCAUUAUCACCGGACGGUGCCGUUCGAUGCUAUAUUGGGAGGCGCGGAGGAUGUGCUGGGCGACCUCGGUGUACGGCAGGCGUUGAGGAAGAUGCCGAAGGAUGCAAGGUUGUAGUGUUCGGAUUGGUGCUGGGUAAAGCAUGCUUGCAAGGACAGUGUAAUAGUAUUGGUCAGAUAAAAUCUUAUCUCCCUCGUCAUGCAAAAGGACGCGACUACGAGCGAUCAAGGGGUCGCGGCCGGUAUAUGUUCAUAAUUCACAG